CCGUGGACAGCAAGGUGAAGGAGCGCAGAGCAGCAGGAGUAGCGUGACGAGAGCCCAGGCCCGAGAGGCACGACGCAAGGUACAGCAGGUGACAGCGAAGAAUCGGGCACACGAGGGAGUGUGCACGGGGAGAGAGCGAGAGGCAGAGCGAAACACGGGCUAGCAGGCGGCGGAGCGUGGGCGUCGGCUGACCCGAGAAAGCGAGGGCGGCAGGCGGAGCGAGAGGUACAGAUGCAGAAGGAGGCCCGUCUCGGCGACGGGUGAAGGCUUGGCACGGGGGAUGCCUUUUGAUGUUGUCGGCGCGACGUUGCCCACUUGUACGCUUACGCGAGCGGGAGGAAGAGGCAAAAGGGCCCGAGGCGGCGUGCAGCACGACGGCGGCUUCCACGACGGAGACAGGGCGGCGCGAGAGCAAGGUACGGGCGGCAGGCGGGCAGUGCAGUCAGAGGCAGGAGGGAGAGCGGCAAGAAGGAGGCAGCGGCUCGGCACCGCGAGCAGGACGCAGCAAGACGAGCCGCAGCAGGGCCGGGCGCGCAACAGAGCGCAGCCCAGCGCACGUCACGGCAGAUCUGGCCGCCUGUACGGCCGCCCGGAUAAGCUCAGCAGCGGCAGCAGCGGGGGGUGGCAGAGGUGCAGGCAGCUGCAGCAGCGCAGGUGCUGGUGAAUCACCUCGUUGCCACGGCAAGCAAGCGGCGGCACCUGCAGCAGAUGUCGGGGCCGCAGCACAGCCGCGGAGAAGCGCGAGCGAGCGUGCUUCGCUGCUGCUGGGUGCUGACGCGAGGAGCGUCGGACGCGGAAGAUGGGACAUCCGGCAGCAGCCAGCCAAGGCUCCGGCGACGUGUUCGGCUGCUGCUGCUGCGUGACGACGUGCACCGCGGUGCGACCCCACUCGCUGCGCAGACGCCGAGACGAGACAGGAGCCGCGCGGCGGCGGUGCC